AGUGUCUGUUGUUGAGCAAUACCGCUCCACCACUCAGAUUCUUGUGGCAGGCGUCACUUUUGCCUUUUUGCGUCUCACAUCGCCAAACAACUCAUUUCCUCAACAGCAAAAUAAUAAUGUCUGCGCCAAAAGGCAGCGUGGACCAGAGUCGGAAGUUUGGAUUUAAGGAAUCACGUGAACAAUAUGAGCACCGCCGAAAGCAAGAGAAGCAAGCGAAAUGGGACGAGAAAUUAAGCAAGGAGAACCUGAACAAAUUGCGCGAGGAACUCGAGUCUUUAGAACGCGCUCGUUUUCUUGCACCGCAACAAAAUGAACGCAAACGUCUUGUAUCUCGGAUGAUCAAAGAUCUUGAAGCGAGGUAUAAACCGACCAAGGAAGUAGUACCGACGUUGCAGAAAGAGCCGUCUCCGCCCCAAGACUCAGAUUCCGAGGAUGAUAUUCUCUUUUCUCGCAAUACAACCAUACACGAUGAAGAUAAACGACUUUUCAUUCCACGAACCCUCCGAAAAAAGGAAGAGGCGAAGAGAGUCGACGUUGCAGAUAACGCCCAGCAAACAGCUGAGGAGGCCGAAAAGGAGCUGCUGGCUGCGCGUGAAGACGACAGCGAUCUUGACGCAUUUUUGGAUACUUUACAAUAA